AUGAAACCAUCUCUCGUCAGAUUGGUCAGGCCUCGUAGGCCGGAAAGGGUAACCGAUCCCCUUUUGCCGCCCCUCCAGUUGUACAAGAAUAUUCUCAGAGCACAUGCAACAAAGCUCCCUGUUGAACUUCGGUCGUUGGGAGACCAGUAUGUGAAGGCAGAAUUCAAGGCCCACAAAAAUAUCGACAAUCCGUUGCAUAUUGUGGGUUUUUUGACCCAAUGGCAAGAUUAUCUCAAGAGCAUUGAUGGCGGCUCGUGGCUAAAUGGCAAGUUGAGCAAGCAGGAACUCGACAAAAUGUCGCCGGAGCAAGUGGGCCAGCUCUACGAGUUGAUGCAAGAAACUCAAAGAAUAGGAAGAGAGAACUAA